AAUAGAUUCAUCUAGAGUUACGGCAGGCGAAUAGCUACGCUAUUAUACGGGAUGACUUCAAAUUUUAGUUUUAUAGUCAGGCAUUAAAGCAGAGACGUCCCCCUUAGGAACCACAUUUGCACGUUCCUAUACUUGUAAGUUGUGAGGCGAAUUCGCGUGCCGUGGAUUAGAACACCGCACGCGCCAGAUCUCUUCUUCCUACGUCUCUUAACAAUUUCUCUAAUUGCCUUGCAACCGUCCACAGAACAGGAAUCGCAGCCCCUCCUCUGCCCCUCUCGAUCAACAAUUUUCGGACCAGUGCGUUGGAUAUACGGUUUCUUAUCGAGCCAUGCCUCCCAAUAACGGCGCCUCGACGCCUUCUGACGAAAUAACCGGCCAGAGUGCCCUUCCCUUAUCGAGGGUUAAAAAGAUCAUUCAGCUUGAUGACGAUAUUACACAAUGCUCUCACAAUGCUACUUUCGCCAUCGCAAUAGCUACAGAGAUGUUUAUCAAAUAUCUGGCGGAACAAGGACACAAUGUUGUCAAAUCAGAAAGGAAGCCCCGAAAGACACUACAAUAUAAAGAUCUUGCAACGGCGGUGUCACGAAUCGACAAUCUCGAAUUCUUGUCAGACGUCAUACCGAAGACGACCACAUACAAACAAUUCAAGGAGAAGAAGGCCAAAGAAGCUGCCAAGAAUGCAGUCGUCGAGAAGGGUCAGCGCACGUUGAACGGGACGAAACCGACCGAAAAUGGCGUGGAGCGACCUCGCGAUAUAUCCAUCCUCCGGACCGACAGCGAUGAUUAUCAUCAGAGUAUAGGGUCGCAGCCAAGAAUAACCAGUCAGAGUCCGGGUUCCUUGAGUACUCUGAUGGUUGAUCGUACCGUCAAGGACCAAGGCCGUGGGCCGUCAGACCGCGACGUGGAGAUGACUGGAUAGUGCUGAUGGAUAUGAUAGCGUGCAUAUUAUAAUAUGUGGAGUUGAAAGGGUUAGUUCCUGCUUUGCUGUCUUUUGGUUAUGGUGCAUUUGGGUCGGUCAUGGGCAGGCACAUCAGGGAGAGAAUUCUGGUUUGCGAUCGAUUUCUUUUUUUCGACAUUAGUAUUUGGCAAUAGAGAGAGAUGGCGCUGCUGCGCUAUGCAUAUAUCGAGUAAGAUAAGCUGUGACUCGACGGCAUUCUGAUCGUAGCCCGUAGAAAGAAGGACCAUUGAUUGUUCCAGCAAUGAUAA